CACAUUUCGAUGGCUCUGCUGCUGAAGUAGUAACUUUGGAGCCCAAUCUAAGGAGACAUUGGAGGCCUGAGUUAGCUAUGCAUUUCCAGGAGUGGUUACGGUCACUUCGCUCCAGCGCUACACUCAAAGGGUCUGAAUCAGAGGACUUCUGGAGUCUUCUGCCAUCUCUGCCUCUGUCCUCCUUCUCCCUGUCCUCGUUGACUCUGUCCCCCUCCUCUCUGCUGGGUUUAGGAGCCCUUGCCUCUCUCACUGCGUACUGGCUGGUGACCCGUCCUCGACCCAUGCGUCCUCCCUGUGAUCUACAGGCCCAGUCUGUGGCAGUGAACGGAGAUCCCAGCUGCAGGCGAUCUGCUCUGCUUAAAGAUGACUCACUGCUGGAGUUUUACUACGAUGACACCAAGACGGCGUAUGACAUGUUCCAGAGAGGCCUGAGGAUUGCAGGAAAUGGCCCAUGUCUUGGCUUCAGAAAGCCGGGGCAGCCCUACGAGUGGAUCUCCUACACUGAGGUGGCGGAGCGGGCGCAGGUUCUGGGAUCUGGGCUGCUGGCCAAGGGCUGCCUGCCGAACCCGCAGCAGUUUGUCGGGAUAUAUGCACAAAACAGACCAGAGUGGAUCAUCUCUGAGCUGGCCUGCUACACUUACUCCAUGGCGUUGGUGCCUCUGUAUGAGACACUGGGGCUGGAGGCCAUGGUCCACAUACUCCACCUGGCGGAGAUCUCUGUGGUGAUCUGUGACCGGGAGGAGAAGGCAGCGUCUUUGUUAGAGAACAAGGAGAAAGGCGUGACACCGAAGCUCUCCUGCCUGGUUCUCUUUAACGAUUUCAGCGAUGCCUUUGUGGAGAGGGCGAAGAAUUGCGAGGUGGAGGUUUUGAAACUGGAGCAGCUCAUGGACCUGGGAAGGCAGAACCUCAAAGAUCCUGUGCCGCCCCAGCCUCAGGAUCUGGCCGUGGUUUGCUUCACCAGUGGAACCACAGGGAAGCCCAAGGGAGCCAUGAUCACCCACGGCAACAUCGCCUCCAACACUUCCUCUGUCAUUAAGAUCCUGGAGGGUUCGUUUGUGAUCCAACAAGAGGAUGUGUCGAUCUCUUACCUGCCACUUGCCCACAUGUUUGAGAGGAUGAUUCAGGUCUCUAUGUUCUGCCAUGGGGCCAGAGUAGGCUUCUACCAAGGCGACAUUUCUCUUCUUAUGGAUGACAUUAAAACCCUCAAACCUACCUUCUUUCCUGUUGUGCCUCGUUUACUCAAUCGCAUCUAUGACAAGAUCCUGGGUUCCGUGACCUCUCCGUUGCGACGGGCUUUGCUUCACUAUGCUGUGAGGAGAAAGCAGGCCGAGCUCAGCAGCGGGGUUGUACGGAACAACAGUCUUUGGGACAAAUUGGUGUUCAACAGGAUUCAGGCCAGUUUAGGAGGUAAUCUGCGGUUCGCCCUGACUGCUUCAGCACCCAUCUCCCCCACUGUGCUGUCCUUCCUCAGAGCCACUCUGGGCUGUCUGAUCUUCGAGGGUUAUGGCCAGACAGAGUGCACUGCAGGCUGCACUUUCUCUAUGCCGGGAGACUGGAGCGCAGGUCAUGUUGGUGCUCCGUUGCCCUGUGCCAUGGUGAAGCUCGUAGACAUCCCUGACAUGAACUACUACGCCAAGAACGGAGAUGGAGAGAUCUGUAUUCGAGGCCCCAGUGUGUUCAGAGGCUACCUGAGGGACCCAGAAAGGACAUCAGAAGCCUUGGACAGCGACGGCUGGCUGCACAGCGGGGACGUGGGCCAGUGGCUUCCAAAUGGGACACUACGCAUCAUUGACAGGAAAAAACACAUCUUCAAGUUGUCCCAGGGAGAGUACAUCGCUCCAGAGAAGAUAGAAAACGUCUACAUGCGCUGUGUUCCUGUGCUGCAAGUGUUUGUGCACGGAGAUAGUUUACAGUCUUAUCUCAUAGGCAUAGUUGUGCCUGACCCUGAGGUGUUUGUUGACUGGGUUAAAGAGCGAGGAUUUGUGGGAUCCUAUGAAGAGCUGUGCCAGAAUCCUGAUGUACAGAAGGCAGUAUUAGAGGACAUGAAAGCUGAGGGGAAGUCAGCAGGCCUGAAGUCCUUUGAACAAGUGAAGGACCUUCACUUGCAUCCAGAGACGUUCAGUGUCGCCAACGGCCUUCUCACCCCCACACUGAAAAGUAGACGUGCCGACAUCCGCAGAGUCUUUCAGGAACAAAUAUCAAGCAUGUACAGCAAGACUGCCAUUUAAAGGACUCCACUCACACACAAGGGUUACUGGUUUCCAAUAAGGGAAAAAAUAGGACAGGGACUUGGGAAAAGGAAAUUAAAAAAUAUCCAGCAGUGCCUUAUCUAAAAUAUGCAACAAGAUAUAUUUUGGAAUAGUGGUAUUUUGCUUCAAAGAAGUAUUAACUCAUGUCCACCUCUUGAACGUGUGUGUGUAAUGUAUUAACUCUUCACAUGAAAAAUAAGACAGAAUGGGACCAAACCAUUUUGUGUCCGAUCUCACUGUCCUCGUCACUAAUACAGAACUGGGAUUCACUUGGAGAUUUUUAACUGAUAAAUAAAUUAUUGUGUAGUUGUAGAGAUCAGAACAAAAGUUGUUAGGAAGAAGUCUGCAGACAUUAAGUUAGACAUUUACACUGUCCUCUUCUUUUUCACAUGCAAGAAUUUUAUAAAGGGACACUGUUAUGUGCACUUGGGUCGUUGCUGCUCAUAGAAUUUGCUUCAAUUGUAGGUUUGUAUUUUACAGUUUUUGGGCCCUUGUAUCGCUAUGAUUUAAGCUUCUCACAAAUUUUUUUUUAUCUUAGCUCGAUGGUAAUGCAUUUUCCUAAUUGAUUCAGAAACAUUUCAUAAACACGUGAGGACGUAAUCCUUCACCUUAUGUUUAACCAUUAAAACUAUUGAGGGUCUCGACCAGCAAUGAUUUUUUUUUAAAAGAGAAGAAAAUGGCUGAGCUGUAAAUAAUGCUUAUAUUGAGAUUUGUUGACAGGACACUGACUAAUUCCAGUAAAGUCCAACUGACCAGAAAUAAAGAUUAGUA